UUUACAAAAAGCUCUCCUUUGUGGGAGGAGUUAGGUGCAACAGCUGGCUCUCUUUACAUACUUUUUCGCAGCGGAGACAGACACAUCUCCCGAAGCAACAAAAAAAAAGGCGGACGAAUGAACAGCAGCAACAAAUCUGAUCUCGCCUCUCUUUAACACAGGAAUUGUAUAUGAUUUGCUUCAAAACACGUUAAGCAAACGACCAGAGAAGAAAUCUACGCUUCUGGAAAAUGUUCUGGGACAUAACUUUUUCCUGGGUUUGGGAAAACUAGCUACAGAUCUUGAACGAUUCCCUAGAAAGGUGCAAAGAUUCUUAAUCAGCCCUGAUGUUUGCUAUGGAAGGCAUGCCUGUUAUGGACUGCCUGAAGGACUUCAAUCACUGAAGUUGAAGAGGGAGAGAGAAGUGGAUUUAUCCCUUUUUUUCCUCUGGAGGCACAGGUACCUAGUGGACCACAUAGACCAAAGUGAUCAACAUGUCUAUUUGGGUGAUCAUACCCAUCAGCCUACCUGUCUUCACCAUCACUGGAAUAUGGGUUGUAUAUGCCAUGGCCCUCUACAACCAGCAUGUCUGCCCCGUGGAUAACUGGCUGUAUAAUCAGUCGUGUGAGGAGAAGCUGUCUCUACAGAGGGGUCCUGAGCUGUGCUGUACCCUGGACAAUGUCCCACUCAUCAGUAAGUGUGGCACCCUUCCCCCUGAGAGUUGCUUCUUCAGCCUCAUCUGCAGUACCGGAUCCUUCAUGGUGAUUUUGAUAGGGCUGCUGCGGUAUGCCCACGUCAUAGAGAAGCACCAGAACUGUGUCCUUAACACGGCCGGCCUCUCCACUGGCUGGAUCUGUGCUGCAGGACUCAUUAUGGUGGGCAACUUCCAGGUGGAUUAUGCUAAAGUGCUUCACUACGUGGGUGCAGGGGUGGCUUUUCCCACCAGUAUACUGUUUGUGUGUCUGCAGUCAGCCCUGACCUACCGGCUGGCGAAGACCCAGAGAGAAUAUAACAUGGGCCACCUUCGACUGGGGAUGAGCUUGCUAGCCUUCAUCACCCUGGUCUUCAGCGGUGUCUUCUUUGUCCAGGAGAGCUUUGCCCUGCAACACGCCUCCGCCAUCUUUGAGUGGCUGUUCUGCAUCAUCAUCAUGCUCUUCUUUGGGACCUUUGCCUUUGAGUUUGGGGACAUGUCCGGGGAUACCCUUAUGGUGCUGGCCAGAGGGGGUGUCCAGGGCUUUUCCAGCAGUGACCACAAGGCUGAGGAGGCAGGAGGGCCCAACCACCACUACCAACCAGAUGGCAUAGCAAUGCUGUAGGCCUAUCAAAGGGAAGCUUCUGUGCCCACUGACCAAUCACAAACAGGGUUGGAGUGGGAAGAGUGGAUGCCUGACCAAUCAUAGACCACCAAAGGGCAUGAGGACGACAGACUCUCCAAAUGGACCUGCUCGGUAUUGCACAUAGCUAAAGCACCCAAAGCUUUUCUAGCCAUUGACCAAAGACUAAUAUCAUGUUAUUGCCAUAUUUGUACUGCGUUGCAGUAGACAGUACAGGGUGGAUUGCAAAACAUAUGUUACAAGUGCCUUUUGGAAGGAACACAGGUAGGCGCGCGCACACACACACACACACACACACACACACACACACACACACACACACACACACACACACACACACACACACACACACACACACCUUCCCUGUCCUUUUCUUUCAUCAUUAUGUAAUCACUCUUGAUUACGAGAACUUGUUCGCUUGCCGUGUAUCAGAUCCAAUGUCUUGAGUGAGUGCCUGAAAAAUCUUUAAUGACUAAGCAGAAUAUGGCUGGGUCAGUACCUGUGUUAUGUUUGGCCAUUCAGGCACUGAACUCUGCAUCACAUUGUUUCUACUCAGGAAAAUCUGUUACAUCACCAGCUGUUGUUCAGUGCCUUUUAACAGGACCUUAAAGGGAAAUUAAAGUCAAACAAAAGAGCUAGUGUUGUUUUCUGUGCUCAGAGAUAUUUGUUUUAUAUCAGAGGUUUGAUUGUUGUAUUGUAUGAAAUAAAAGCAAAUAGGGUAAAGGGAGGUUCUGUUCAGGUGCAGUGACCCUUGUUGUUUCAUUUUGUGAGGGACUAUGUGAAAGGUGUCUGAAAACCUAGAUUUGGUGUUGUGUGUUACGCAUUGAAACCAGUAGAGGGCCCCCUGAUCAAUGGUUUUGUUGCAGUGUCAUCUGAUACAGAGAAAGUGUUACAGUGGGAAAGAAAGCAAACCAGAGAAAUGAAUCACUUUGAAAGUGUAUCCUUGUACCAAAUUGAUGACAAGAAUAAGAAAUGUUAAUACAAACAUGUUAUUUUAUGUAUGCUGUUAAAUUUUUCAGGUAUUAAUGCAACUAUAGACAGAUCUGUCUAUUUAUCGUCUAGAACCUGUUUUUGUCAUUCAUAAUUUUCCAAAGUGCUUUUUGUAUCUUAAAAAGAAAGAUUCACCCAUUUUGAAUAUUAUUUUUUUUAAAUCUCUGAGCUGUGUUCUAUUGAUUCAAUGUUUCAUGCCAAUCUGAUCAAUUGCUGUUCAAGCAGGUAGAGAUACAAAAUGUAUCACACCGGCUAUGACAAUUAGCGUUUUGAAAGUUCUAUAUCUUGAAAACUUGAUUUCUGACAUGCAAGACAUUUUGGGACUGUAUCAACAGUGGACUAAUGAAACAAAUACCAAAGGAUAGUUUGAGUGGAUUAUUACUUUAAGGUGAGCAUUAUCAAUGCACCAGCAAAGAAUAAAACCCUUUUCUGAGAAUUAA